GACAGGGCUCAUCAGAUAGUCGAUAGCUCCAUCGCUGGUGGGAACUUACGUUUGGGAAGAGGGUAAAACAGCGAAAUAUACGGACUACGGUGGCGUUGUAGCCUUUGUUGUCGUUUGCUUCUUUAAUUUUCAUUUUUGGACCCAUGGAUACUUGUUUGUUUCGAGGUGAAGAACGCAUAUUUCCCUCGUGAUGCUAUAUGAACAAUGAUUACCGUCUGUGCGCUACCGUAAUUUAUGCCAUCAAUGAGGGGGAAAUGGACUGAAUGCAAGCUGAUUACUUUCUCUACCGCCAAGGCACCGCUCCAUGCAGGGACAGAAUAAACACACAUUUAGUUGUAAAUGAAAGUUUUAUAUACCAUUGUAGAUGACCGCUCUUAUUUUCUGAAUAUAUUUUUUCCGUCUCUGAAUCGUUUUCAUCAUCUGAUUUUUGGUUGCUUGGACGUUGCACUGUCUCCGGGAAAUAAGGAUUUUUUUUAUAUGAGGAAGCUAUUUAUUACAGAGAUACCAAAAAGAAAGAGGCCUUUCCGUUUUCAAGGCCGGAUUUGAGUUCAAUAGGGUAAAAUGGUAAACAACCCAAAUGGAUAAAAUAUGGAUAUCAUGGGACUUAUUGGAAUGUGAUAUUAGAGGAGUGGGAUUGCUUUCGAUAACGUUUCGUGCAAGUUUGAAGCAUCAAAAAAAGAUAACAGGCCAUUGUAGUCACAAUCACUAAAUCUAUUUGACUCAAAUUAAGGGAAGGGGUGCUGUUGUUGUAAUUGGCACAUUUGCAGUUGUGCCAUCAGCAUAUAUGCAACAUUUUUUUUUACGUGAUUUGUAUGUUGCUUUUUUAUUGCAAUUUGAGCUGGACCGAGCUUUGACUGUUCAAUGGAAGUAUGUUAUCAGUUACCGGUUUUGCCUCUAGACAGGCCGGUUCCUAAACAUGUUCUCAGCCGUAGGGGAGCCAUUAGCUUCAGCUCCAGUUCGUCUCUUUUUGGUGGACCUGCCCCAAGACAGCUGUCCAAGAGACGAGGGGCGAUCUCCUAUGACAGUGAGGAUCAAACGGCUCUCUACAUUCGGAUGCUCGGUACGUAUGGAGAUGUGAGAGUCAGAAGCCAGGUGGGGUUUGAACCAGAGCGAAGAGGGUCUCAUCCCUACUUGUAUGUCGAUUUCCGAACUUUGCAUUCCCGACCUGAGGCUGCGCGGCCUGUGUCUGCCAGGAAUGUUCGAAGGUUGCUGAGCUUUCAGAGGUACCUCCACUCGUCACGGUUCUUUCACGGCAUCCCAGCCAACAACCCUCUAGGCUACAUCCUUGACGAUGACUUCACAGGUCAAGCCAAGUUAAUGCUGCAGAAGGUUGGAAACUGGAACUUUGAUAUUUUCCUGUUUGACAGACUUACGAACGGGAACAGCCUCGUAAACCUGACCUUUCACUUAUUCAACACUUAUGGGUUAAUUGAGCUCUUCCAGUUGGACAUGAUUAAACUUAGAAGAUUUUUAGUCAUGAUUCAAGAGGACUACCGCUGCCAGAACCCCUACCACAAUGCAGUCCACGCUGCAGAUGUGACUCAGGCCAUGUAUUGUUACCUGCAGGAGCCCAAGCUUGCUGAGACGCUGACCUCCUGUGAUCUCCUGCUGGGUCUGCUGGCUGCUGCCACCCAUGAUCUGGACCAUCCAGGUGUCAACCAGCCUUUCCUCAUCAAAACGGACCAUUACCUAGCAGCACUGUACAAGAAUAGCUCAGUUUUGGAGAAUCACCACUGGAAGUCUGCGGUGGGCCUGCUCCGCGAAUCAGACCUGCUGUCCCACCUCCCCACUGAAGACGGAUUGAACAUGGAGGAGCGGCUUGGAUCCCUGAUUCUGGCUACGGACAUCAGCAGGCAGAAUGACUAUCUUUCAGAGUUCAGGACACACUUGGACAAGGGAGACCUCUGCCUCACUAACGGAGGACAUCGACACUUUAUCCUUCAGAUGGCUCUGAAGUGUGCGGACAUUUGCAACCCCUGCCGACCGUGGAAACUCAGCAAACAGUGGAGCGAGAAAGUGACAGAGGAGUUCUUCCACCAAGGUGACAUUGAGCGGAAACAUAAUCUUGAAGUAACCCCACUCUGUGACAGGCAAUCCAACUCGGUUGCCAAUAUACAGAUUGGUUUCAUGGCGUACGUGGUAGAGCCUCUGUUUGUGGAAUGGUCACGCUUCUCCGACACACGGCUGUCCCAGACCAUGAUGAGCCACCUGAGCCUGAACAAGCAAGGCUGGAAUGAGGGGAGGGACAAGCAGGAGGCUAGCUCUAGUAGGGCCUCAGAGGAACAGAGGACUCCUGCCACCAAAGACUCAAACUCCAAAGUAUUACCUCAGGGAAGCAAAGGGUCAUGACAUGCCAAGCAUGACUGGCGCCCACGGUGAGGUGAGAAAGAGUGAAACGAAUCUCCGCAUCCGACAGAAACGACAUUACCCAGCACUCCCAGCACCACAGCAACUCAGCCACACGCUCCGCAUCUAGGUUAACCACUGUUUUUGUUUUUUAUGUAAUUUAACUUAAUUUAUUGAAUUUGGACCCUUUACUUUAACAGAGCAAUACAUAUAUACCUCAUGUUGCUUCUGCUGUAUGUAUUUUUAUUUAAUUUUGUACUGUAGUUCUGCUCUGACAUCACUAAUUUGACACGUCACCCUUUUAACAGAGACCUGAAGGGAAUGUUUUCAACAAGACCCUUCUGAUUAAAGUGCCAUUUGCAAACAUUUUGUUAAUGUUUUUAAAGUGAGGAAACCUUGUAUUCAAAAAGAGAGGUUCAUGUUGAAUGAAUGAGACGAGCUUCUAUGUGUUGCUGCAUUUCAGACUAAUAGUAAUACUUCCUCGUACAAGAAAUGUGACGAGCCCACUUCACUGCUGCCUCUGAAGACUGUUUACAAGCGUCUUUUGUGCUGCAUUUCACAAAUUAAACAUUGGUUCUGUAAAAAAAAAAAAGCUCAUACUGUAUGUGAAUAACCACUCACAUGAAGUACUUGUCCUGUUGACAACACACUGAACAAACAUCUGAUUGCAGAACAACACAAAUGCCCUGAAAGGACUGUUUUGGUCUGUUCGUUGUUCCUUGCACUGUGAACUAUAACAGGUUUUAUGACCCAAUAGUCAGUCAGCUCAGAGACCACUUGUGUGAAAAAAGUCCAUUGGAUGUGGUAUGAAAUCUAUGUAUUUCUUUACUGAUAUGGUGUACAGUGUUUUGGUGAUUUAACCGUAGCCUAAUAACAAUGUUUUGUAAUGGGGAAACAGGGCAUGCGUGUGGCCUUAACCAUAGAAAUAGAAUCUAGAUUCUAUUUUUAUGGCAUUAACAUUCUUUCAACACUUGAAUAACCACUCUUCCAUACUAGUAACAGAUGACCUGAGUUGAGGGUAUAAACAGCAUGACUAUUUAUUAAAGUUGAUAUUAGGUGGUCUGCCUCUGGUAUGGCUGUGCCAUGAUCUACAAAGUUAUUUUAGAGAGUCGAAGCCCUUUCUAGAAUGCAAACACAACUUUUAAGACUGGCAAGAUAUACCUUUAAACUAUGCACAAAACUAAUUGACCAAACCAGUUAUUUUUUUUUUUAUUUAUUUUUUUUUUUAUUUAUUUUUUUAUAAGGUCGAUCGUCUUCUCUCAAUGCAUUGUCCGACUGUUUGCCUCUGGUGUGAAAAGGAAAUGACUUGGCAUUAGUAGAUUGGACAGUGAUCCAGCCAUAACAUAAAACAUUCCAUAUUUAAUUUAUUUUUGGUAUUGUUUUUGGAUUCUGUACACAAGACACGAUUGUGUCUCUGGUUGGACUUUCAGUAUAUCCAAUGAAAACCGGUGCUUUUCAUAUUAUGGCAAACGUGUAUUUUCUGGUUACUAUUGCAAGACUGUUCGAUAAAACUGUUUACCAUUUUGAUCUAAGUCAUUUUCGGGUAGGAACUUGCGUGGCAAACUAUUUUGUGAAAAGCUUUGCCAAAUUGAUAUUUUGAUACAUGCCAGUUGCAGUUACAUUUUCAUUAAUAAAACAACUUGUCACACUUAUGCGUUUGCUCUAUUUUUCUCUGUCCAGUUUAAAGCCCCAGGCGUUCUUUACAGUUCUACAAAGAAUGUUGUCUCUCUGGGGUUUUGCAUAGAGGAGCGAUAAAUAAGAGUGAAAAGGCAUGAUUGGGUUUUGAUAGUGUCGAUUUAGAUUUUUUUUCUCCAUUAAAGAUACUGAUAAAGGUU